AUGUCAGCUUGCAAGUGGGGGAAGCCAUCCACCGGCAUGCCCACGUCGUAUCCGUCAGACGUCGAUUUUCGAUUGGUUCACGUGUCAAACAAGACGAAGGUCUCCGAGUGCGUCUCCCUCUCCUUGUCUUUAUUGGAACAGGAGGGCGAUCGUCGACCUUUAUGUCUACAUACGUUGCCGAAGCCAGGUACCCCAGUUGAAGACAUCGAGAAAACGAUCACGAGAUCUAAAUCGAACCCGGAUAAAAAUGGCGUAGGUCGAUUGAUCAGUAUCGUCGAAAUCCUCAAACGUGACUUUCCUGGUAACGACCGCAGCAUCAGGCCUUCCAAACGUCAAAAAGUGGAGCCGAGUGAGUUGGCUCAGGCCUCGUCAAAUCAGCUUCAUCAAUACAACGAAUACGGAUCUUUGGAAAGCUUGAUUCUCGAACGAUCCAAUUCAUCCGAUCUCUCAGAAAGCGACAAGAGAGCUUCUCUAAUGGCUCGUCAAGAUAAAAUUGUGCAAGAAUUUUUGAAUGAGGAACGUAAGAGACCCCGACAAUCCCACACGCCUUGGCUGAAGAUUUAUCUGUGGAAGAACAAAAUUCAAUCGUUGACAAACCUUCCAAAUGUUUGUUACCAACAGCCAUCAGUACCUAGUGCUGCGACUGAAGAUACCACGGCGCUCUCAGGGAUUUCUGCAGUGGAUUCAACUCUUGUAAACCCACAAGAAGAACAGCUGGAGCUGAAUGGAGAGUUUGACAUCCCACCAGUUUAG